AUGGCACGAGUUACGCGCGGCAUAUCGUUAGAAGAAUGGGAAGAAAAGACCAAGUUGACAGAAAAAGAAAAGCAAAGCGUGUAUGAUUUGCAAGAUGCCUGUACAGAAUUACCACUUCCUUCCAACUGGUACUUGAGCGACAAAUUGUUUGGAUCACCAUCGCUAAGCAGCAACAUGUCGAAUUCCUCAGGCGGAUUAACGCCAGAACAAGUACCUGCAUCAGCCUCCAGUCCACUCAACCCACACGUCCUUGCGUCUCGUCUACUGGCAGGCAGUAAGUCUCCAGUGCCGAUAACACGCACCUUAUCCACGGCCAACUUACUGGCAGAAGCAACAGCAGCAGACACAGCAGCCGAGAAACAAGUAGCGAGUGAGAUUGGCAGCGAGAAACCUGUCGAGACACUGCAAGAGUUCUUUGACUGGUUUGCAGUGAUGGAAUCUGAAAUGGAAAAGGGGCAAGAAGAUAUCUACCGCAAUCAUCUGUCCAUAGUGGAAUUGUAUCAAAAUGCAUGCGAUGAAUUUUUACGGGACCUCAAGGCAACAUGCCAGCUGUUUGAUGACUUGGAAAAGGAUUAUUCAUUCGUGGAUAUCAGAACUCGGUCUAUACAAACAGCGUGCGAGACACUGCUGGAGGAACAGCAUCGAUCUACUCGACUGGCAGAAGGGUUGGCAGAGAGAUUGACCUAUUUCAAUCAGCUGGAGCCUAUUGCAAAAUUGUUUAAUUCGCCAGGUGACGAUAUUUGCUUGCAGCCUGAUUUCAUCCCUAUGCUGGAGAAGUUGGAUGAGUGUAUACAGUACAUGCAGGAUCAUCACACUUACCGUGAUUCUGAACUUUACUUGAUGCGCUUCAGGCAGUGUAUGACUCGAGGCAUCACACUAAUUAAAAUGUACGUGGUAUCGACGCUCAAGACACUGGGAUACGAUGUCUACAAACAAGUCAACACCAAGGAUGCCACAAUGGGAAAGCAGAUUGCCAUGUAUUACGUCAAAUUCAAGACCAUUGCACCUACUAUCCGCUCAUUGACAGCACAGGUAGAAAAGAGAUGCAAUCACAAAGAGUAUCAGUCAUUGUAUGAGGACAUGCUGCAUGCUUAUUUCCAGACAAGACAGCAGCUACUGAGCCCGCUCAUCUCGAGAAAGAUCCAGCAACUGAGCCCUAGUGAUAAAGAUCUGCUUGAUUUUGCAAAGAAUGGAUGCGCUUACAUGAUGAGUCUUUGCUCGGACGAAUACAAUUUAUUUUACAACUUUUUCCAGAAAACAGGCGAGCAAGCGCUAUACAACUAUUUGGACCUACUGACAAGCCAUUUAUACGACUAUCUUCGACCGCGCAUUAUCCACGAAAACGACAUUGUCACACUAUCUGAACUUUGCAAUGUAUUUUUAAUGUACGUGAUGCAGGAUGAAAACGAUCUCGUGCUGGGUAUUAUGGAUGACAAGAACGAGGUCAAGUUUGGCCAUUUGAUACAAAAUGUGCUGGAAGAUGCUCAGGGCAGACUUGUAUUCAGGGCGCAAAUGUUUAUCCACAGCGAUAUCCAGAACUAUCAACCAAAACCACAAGACUUUGAGCAUGUACGCCAACAAAAGGAUCAACAGCAUGAAGAUCCAGACAACAAACAAAAGACAUCUGUCGUAUUGGAUGCCAACAUGACGACGACUACAGCAACACUCGCUAUUUCCGAAGAGGAUCACUCAGAUACACAUUCCAUUCGAUCAGCCAAAUCGAACUUGCUUGCAGACGGCAAUGACGAAUCCACUGGAUGGUUUCCUACGCUACAAAAGACAUUGUGGGUCUUAUCAAAGCUAUAUCGAUGUGUUCAGAAUGGGGUAUUUGAAGAUUUGGCCCAGGAAGCUGUAUCUCUUUGCAAUGAAUCACUAUUGAAAGCAGGCGACUCAGUAGCUACACUGAAAUCACGGCUUGACGGCGAGUUAUUUUUAAUUAAAAAUUUGCUCGUCCUAAAAGAACAAUUGGCUCCUUUCGAGGCUAAUUUAGUUCAUGCAGGAAAAACGCUUGAUUUCUCUCAUGUAUCAGAUUCACUAUCCUCUUUGCAGCAACAGAAAUCACUCAUGUUUAACCCAAAUGCGCUUAUUGGAUUGGCUCAAAAGGGCAUGCCUCGUGUAGUGGAGGUCAGCCUUGAUUCAAGACGAGAAAUCGACUUUCAGAUCAAGAAAGUGUGUGAGGAAUUCAUCAAUGAUUGCGUGGAUGGAGCAGUAGAGCCUUUGACUGCAUUCCUAAUCAAGUUAUCGGCUAUUCUACCAUCAGCAGUACUACCUAAAUCACCAGAUGGACAGAAUUCACCUGUGCAGAAAUUGAGACAACAGGACGUUCAAGAGGCCACGGAUCAAUUCAUGGAAGCCGUCGAAGAGCGCAUUCGAUUUGUGAUAAAGAAGCUACGAGAAUACGUCAAUGACCAAAAGAUGGAGCAAAUUCUGCUGAAGCCUAUAGAGACGAGUAUUGUAGAGCAAUACAAAUCAUUUUUGAUUAGAGUUGAUAUAGAAUCAAAGGAAGGCGGCCGAAUUGAAGUGCUGACACAAAAGCCAAUGUCUGCUGAAUCCGUGGCAGUUUGGAUAUCUCAAAUAAAAGAGCAGCAGGCUUAA